AUGCGUGUUGCCUUGCUAGGGUGCCUUUUCUCAAUCACUGCUGCGGUGCAAGCUCUCAACCCUGUCGAAAUCAAGGGCAGCAAAUUUUUUGAUUCUGUUACCAAGGAUCAAUUUUUCAUCAAGGGUGUGGCAUAUCAACCGAGAAACGAGUUGAGUGAAGAUCGCACAAAAAUUUCGGAUCCAUUGAUCGAUGAAGCAGCAUGCUCACGUGAUGCGCAAUUGAUGCAAAAAUUGGGACUCAAUGUGGUGCGUGUUUAUGAGGUGGAUCCAUCCAAGAACCAUGAUGCAUGCAUGAAGGCGUUUUCGGAUGCUGGAUUGUACCUGCUUCUCGAUAUUGCUACACCCAAGUUCUCAAUCAAUCGCAAGGACCCAGAAUAUGAUACCCGCUUGUACGAUGCAUAUACCAAGACGGUGGAUGCAUUUGCCAAAUACGACAACGUGCUUGCAUUCGUUGCCGGAAACGAGGUGACCAAUGACAAGACCAAUACAUUGGCAUCUGCCUAUGUUAAGGCAGCUGUGCGUGAUGUGAAAAAGUUCAUCAAGUCAACACAAAAACGAUACAUCCCCGUGGGCUAUGCGAGCAACGACGAUGAAUACAUCCGUGAUGCCAUUAAAGAUUACUUUGCAUGUGGUGAAGCUGAUGAGCAGGUUGACUUUUAUGGUGUCAACAUGUACGAGUGGUGUGGUGAAUCAACCUUUCAAAAAUCGGGCUAUGCCGAUCGUACCAAGGAAUUUGCCAAAUACAACAAGCCUGUAUUCUUAUCCGAGUAUGGAUGCAACUUGGUGACACCUCGACAAUUCACAGAGGUCGAAGCUAUCUAUGGACCCGAUAUGACGGAUGUGUGGUCCGGUGGUGUGGUAUACGAAUGGUCUCAAGAAAACAACAACUAUGGCCUGGUUAAGAUUUCCAAUAACGAUGCACAACCAUUGGAAGAUUAUCGUAACCUACAACAAGUGCUAAGCAAAGUCAACCCCAAAGGCGUGAAAAUGGAUGCUGUCAGUGAGCAACCUACACCUGAAUGUCCCGGGCAAAAUGAUAAUUGGAAAGCUUCCACCAAACUUCCACCUACCCCUUCACAGGGUGCCUGUCAAUGUAUGCAAGAUAACCUCUCCUGCGUAGCAUCGGACAAGGUUUCGAAUUCGUCUGGUGGUAAUAGCAGCAGUAGUGCACUUGGUGACCAAAUUGAUACACUUUGUGGUAUGGUGUCAUGCGAAGAUAUCAGUGGCAAUGCUGAAAAGGGCAAAUACGGUGCGUAUUCCUUCUGCAGUGGAACCGAAAAGUUAAGUUGGCUCUACAACCUUUACACCCAAAAGAACAAGGAUGGCAAUUGCGACUUUAAUGGCUAUGCACAAAGCGUGUCGCCGUCACGUAAUGAUCUCGACUCGUGCUCCAACAUCCAAGCUGACAUGUCUGGUACGAGCAGCCACGAUGAUAGCAAAUCAAACGAUGCAGCCGCUCUCUUACUUCAAUCAUAUCCAUUGACUACAUGGGUUACAGCAGCCGCUUUAUUAGUUUUCGCAGCUCGUUAG